GAGCUGAUCCGGAAGGGCAUCCCGCACCACUUCCGAGCCAUCGUGUGGCAGCUGCUGUGCAGCGCGGCCGAGCUGCCGCUCAAGGCGCAGUACUCGGAGCUGCUGCGCAGGAGCUCGCCCUGCGAGCGCCUCAUCCGCCGCGACAUCGCCCGCACCUACCCCGAGCACGACUUCUUCAAGGGCCAGGACAGCCUGGGCCAGGAGGUGCUCUUCAACGUCAUGAAGGCCUAUUCCCUGGUGGAUCGCGAGGUCGGCUACUGCCAGGGCAGCGCCUUCAUCGUGGGACUGCUGCUCAUGCAG